UUCAACAAUAAAAAUGGCUGCGCCCAUGAGAAAGAUUGUCCCAGGAUUGUCAUUUAUCAAACAGAGAGUUUUUCUACAAAAUAUACGAAAAAGAUUUUUUAAUCAGAAUGCAAGAUAUUGCACCCAAGAGAACACUAGUUCAACUCAACAAAAUGUAGAGUAUGAAGAAUCUACAGAGGAGUUUAAAUACGUAGAAAAAUUACUACACAAUAAAUUGAUACCAGAGCCUCCCCAGCAUGCAGCAUACCCCACACCCUCUGGAUGGUUCCCACAGACAGAAGAAGCCAAAAAGCAUCCAUACUUUGUUCACAGAACUCCACAUCACAAUAUGCCUGUUUAUCUUAUAAAAAAAGGACCACUUGAACGGACAAAAAUUUUAAAAGUUGAUGGAGACUUACAGCUAUUUUCUGAAGAUUUAAAGAAAUUUCUGUCAAUGAAACAUCCAUCCAAGAAACAUUAUCUUCAUAUCAAUGAAAUCAACAACAAAGUACUUGUCAGGGGAGAUUAUGUAGGAGAAGUUGUGGAGUUCCUAAAGGAGAAGGGAUUUUAAAUAGACUGUUCAUAAAUAUGUAUAUAUUAUCAGUGAAAUAUAAUAAUGAAAAAAAAAAAAACAUGAAUGUUU